GGUUGUGUUGACAGUGGUUCCUCUGUCAGCCGUAUAUGGUGGAGAACAGCUUAAGUACUUGUCAGUUUUGUUGCUGAGGCCUUCACACUACUCCUUAAUGUCGAAGCACAAACUCUUCUUGCUGCGGCAUGGUGAGGGGGCGUGGAACAAAGAGAACCGCUUCUGCAGCUGGGUGGACCAGAAGCUGAGUGAGAAUGGCGUUGUGGAGGCUCAGGAGUGCGGCCGGUUGCUGAAGGAGCAUGGCUACAAGUUUGAUCAUGUUUUCACGUCGAUUCUCAGCCGCUCCGUUCAAACAGCCUGGCUUGUGCUGGAGGCCAUGGGCCAGGAGUGGGUCCCUGUCACCAAGUCAUGGAGGCUGAACGAGCGUCAUUAUGGGGCUCUGAUUGGCCUGAACCGGGCCGAGAUGGCCCAGAAGCACGGCGAGGAGCAGGUUAAGCUGUGGAGGCGGAGUUAUGACAUCACUCCACCCCCCAUUGAUGAGUCACAUCCUUAUUUUGCAGAGAUCUACAAUGAUCGCAGGUAUAAGACGUGUGAUGUGCCCAAAGAGAAGCUGCCCAAAACUGAAAGCCUGAAGGAAGUGCUGGAAAGACUCUUGCCUUAUUGGAAUGACAUCAUUGUUCCUGAAAUCAAGAGUGGCCAAACAGUCCUUAUUUCAGCUCAUGGAAACAGCUGCAGAGCUUUGCUGAAACAUCUAGAAGGUGUAUCUGAUACUGAAAUAGUCAAUGUCACUCUUCCCACUGGGAUACCAGUUCUGCUGGAGUUGGAUGAAGAUCUUCGGCCUGUUAAACCUCGAGAGCUCCUGGGUGACCAAGCCAAAAUUCAGGCAGCUAUCAAAAAAGUGGAAGAUCAAGGAAAAGCUAAUGCAGUGAACUAAAUAAUGGUUUUAUUAGGGAUGAUUUGCUCUUGACGAGUCUGUUUAUUGAUUAUAAGGUUGACAGAGGUGACAGUAGGAGGUAUCUUGUUCAUGAUGCACUGAAAAGAGUAUGUAGUUACACUGUGCACAUUUUGUGGUCAAAUUGGCGUAGUUACUGGUUUUAGUGUGAGUUUGGAAUCUGGCAGAAAUUUAAAAAAGGCUUGCAAAAACCUGUCCUGCUUGGACAGGGUGAGAGUCGCUGAUUAUUGAAAGGAUAGGCAUAUAUUUUUGUAUUGGUAAAAGACCUUGGUAUAUGAGAAUUACAGUAGGCUGAUAUAUAGCUGUAAUAAUUGCUCUGUAGUGAAGUAUGCUUGCAGCUUUAUUAUUAUUUGCUAAAUUUGUCUUUGAAUAUAGAAGGCCAAUGGUGCCUUUGUCUUAAAAGGGAGUAUCCAUUAUUUUUAACAUAAUGAUGUUUUAGUAGAAGGCAUUACCAGCUGCUUCAAUGUAUUUACAGGAUUUUAACAGUUUAUGCACUUAAAAACAAAAUGUACCUCAACAUGAUUACCAGCGGGGACAGUUUAAUCCUGACAUGACUUCACCAGUGAGCCUGUUCUCAUAGAUCCACUUGUACUCACAUGCCUAUAGUUAUUUUGGAUGGAAACAUACCCUGCUGCCAUAUUUUAAUUGAGUAAGACAAAGGAGCAUUCAGAUUUGCUUGUGUUUUUUUUUUUUUUAGUUAGGUAAGCCCUGUGCUGUGAAUGUCACUUCAUCCUAAGUAUUAGGUUUGUUUGUGCACCUUAAAUAUUAGCUAGUAUUUAAAUAAUACCACUGGUUACACACUCAGUAACUUAUUUAUUUAUUUUUUUUAAUGCACAAAUCUUGUAAUAAGUCUCAUUUCUGAUAAAUGUAUGUUUGUGUUGUGUUGGAAACUCUGAUGAAUGAUGUAUUUUGAAAGUCCAUUGACAUGAAGUUGGUGGGCCAGAAGCUCAGCGUUCAUAAUGUGAUUCAGCCUGUAAGCAAACAGUCCAUGCGGUGCUGUGCAGGAGACCACCUGUUUAAUGAAUUUCCAGUCAAAACAGGCAUUAAGUACAAGUUACAAAGCAGCCUCAACAAUGGCAGUGGGAGCCAAAAGUCUGAGGGCACUGGUGAAAACGUUUACAAAGGACACUAUCAUUUUAACAAUAUGAGAGUAAAGUAGAAAUUUUGACCAGUGUGGCUGCAGGUUUUCACUCCAACAAAGCAGGACGUCACCUGAUGAAAUGUUUGAAUGCUAAGACCAACUGUGCUUCAGCUUUAUUAGAGUGAAAACCUGCAGCCACUUUGGCCCUUAGCAGAUAAGAUUGGACACCACUGGUUUACAUGAAUCUUAGAGUUUUUUAGUAUUUGGUCUGUACUUCUUUCACUUUAAUGACAGCAUGUGCUCGAGCUGGCAGGGACUCCUCAAGUUUGAGCAGAGGUCUCUGAUAAGUAGAUCACCUGAGAGUCAUCUGAACAUGAGCUUCAAUGGAAGUAAUAAAGUUAAAAGCAGUGUGUAACCUUUUUUACCAAGGUCUUAAUAUGAUUGAUUUCACAUAUUCGCUUCAAGUUCAAUAGUGAUCUAUAAGUAGUGCAGAAUUCUGAAUAUUACUUCCUCUUUUUAAUUGUUACAACUUUUCCUGGUUUUACAUUUUCAAUAUUCUAAAACUUCGUUAUUUAUUUGCAGAUUUAAAUGAAAAAAUACUAGAUUUUCAAUGUGGUCUUCGUUCCUUAGACUGUAUAUUUUCUGCUUUUAUCCUGAUACUGAAAAAUGAAUAACUUGUACAUAAUGGCUGCUUUAAGUUUAAAUUGAUUAAAUAACUGAAGGGUAAUCGCUGACUAAACUCAUGGUUUUCAUGCAUGAUUUUUACUGGAUGGAUCAGGGUUUUUAAGUCUGAAAGCCUUCUGUGUUCACUGUGUCCUGUGUUCGUAUUUUGUCACUGUGUGUUUGAUACUGUACUGUAUUUAUAGUGAAUUUCAGUCUGUGUCCAUGCUUUUAUUUUUACUUCAUUUUAUGUUAUGUUAUAGAACUACUGCUGUUAUUUAUGACUUAUUUCAUGGUGAUGUGCAAAGCUCAUCUUCAUUGCUGAAGCAUAAACAUUUGUUUGGUGAUGCAGUUUAAUGUAAUGCUAUAAUGAGUUAUGGUUCUAAACUCAUGUGCUUCCACAGGGUCUAAAUAAGGUUCUCGGAUUGUUUAAAAAGGAGAGGAUUCCCUUCAAUCUGCUCUUUUUCAUUGCUGGACUGUAAAAUGCAGAUAUAAAGUGCAAUAAAACUACUGGCUCUAGUUGUA